GUCCCGGAUGCUUCCGCGCCUGGGAGCGCGGCCGCAGGUGUACCCUCACGGUUAUCCACACUCUUCAGGGCCAGCAGAAGAUGAUCACAUCCCAGGGAUCAUUGUCAUUCAGGGAUGUGACUGUGGGCUUCACUCAGGAGGAGUGGCAGCACCUGGACCCUGCUCAGAGGACCCUGUACAGGGAUGUGAUGCUGGAGAACUAUAGCCACCUUGUCUCAGUGGGGUAUUCCAUCCCUAAACCAGAAGUGAUCCUCAAGUUGGAGCAAGGAGAGGAGCCGUGGAUAUUAGAAGAGUUCCUGAGCCAGAAUGACCCAGAAUUAAUUAAUAACAGUAGAAACUAUUCAAGAAAGAAGUUCAGUGGGUUUAACAGAGGUAGAAAUUGGCUCCAUAAUAAUAAGUAUGAAAGAAUUCAUUCUGAAGAGAUACCUUACGAAUAUAAUAAGAAUGGGAAUGGCCUCCAUCUUAACGAAGACUUUGUUCACUAUCAGAAAAUUCAAAUUUUGGAGCAGCCUUUUGAAUAUAGUGAAUGUAGGAAAGCUUUCCAUGAGAAUGCACUCUUUGUUGUACAAAAGAAAGCUUACACAGGAAAGAAUACCUGUGAGUACACUGAAUAUGGGAAGAUCUUUGGUGAUAUGUCAUCUCUCAUUGCUCAUCAGAGAACACAUCCAAGAGAGAAUCAUUGUGAAUUCAAUAAAUGUGGAGAAAAUUUCUUUGAGGAAUCCAUUCUCUAUGACCAUCAGAGUGUUCAGCCUUUCAGCCAGAAGUCAAACCUCAUUCCAAUUCAGAGAACCCACUCAAUUGACAAUAUACUUGAAUAUAAUGAAUGUGGAACGUUUUUCAGUGAAAAGUUAGUUUUUGGUGUACAGCAGAGAACACAUACAGGAGAAAAACUUUAUGAAUGUCAUGAAUGUGGAAAAACCUUCAACCAAAAGUCAGCCCACACAAGGCAUCAGAGAACACACACAGGGGAAAAAUCUUGUGAAUGUCCUGAAUGUGGGAAAACUUUCUACAAGAAUUCAGACCUCAUUAAACACCAGAGAAUUCACACAGGGGAGAAACCUUUUGAAUGUCAGGAAUGUGGGAAAUCCUUCAGUGAAAAGUCUACUCUUACUCAACAUCGGAGAACACACACAGGGGAGAAACCAUAUGAAUGUCGUGAAUGUGGGAAAGCCUUCUCAUUUAAGUCUGUCCUUACUGUACAUCAAAAAACACACACAGGGGAGAAGCCCUAUGAGUGUUAUGAAUGUAGGAAGGCCUUUCUCAGAAAAUCAGACCUCAUUAAACAUCAAAGAACUCACACAGGGGAAAAACCUUACGAAUGUAAUGAAUGUGGAAAAUCCUUCUCUGAGAAGUCAACUCUUACCAAGCAUCUGAGAACUCACACAGGUGAGAAACCUUAUGAAUGUAUUGAAUGUGGAAAAUUUUUUUGCUACUACUCGGGUUUCACAGAACAUCAGAGAAGACACACAGGGGAGAAACCUUUUGGGUGUACUGAAUGUGGGAAAAAUUUCCGUCAGAAGUCAGCCCUAAUUGUUCAUCAGAGGACUCACAUAAGACAGAAACCUUAUGAAUGUAAUGAAUGUGGAAAAUCAUUCUGUGUAAAGUCAAAACUCAUUGCACAUCAUAGAACACACACAGGGGAAAAACCCUAUCAAUGUAAUGUUUGUAGAAAAUCAUUCUAUGUGAAGUCUAAACUUACUGUACAUCAACGAACACAUUUGGGGAGGAACCCUAUAAAUGUAAUAAAUGAGGGAAGUUACUCUGGGUGAAGUUAAGAGUUUAUAGAAAAAGAACACAAAAGGGGAGAAAAAUCCAUUGAUAUAAUCAUUUUUGAGAACAUCUUUGGUCUAAAGUCAGUUCUCACAAUAUAGCAGAGAACUUACAGAGGGGAGGGAAUGAAUGAUAUGAAGCUAUAGAAUAUAGAAAACUUUUGUGUUGGAAUUUGAACCGUACAUUAUAUCAGAAAACUCAGUGGAGAAGACCUAUUGGUGAAUCAAUAUAGGGAACCUUUUGCCCAAAGCCACCUCACUGAACAUCAAAGAAAACACAUAAGUUAGAAACCUCUAUCAGCAUUCAUAAGGUAGAGAAGAUUUUACUCCACAGGCUUUAGAAAAUGCACAAAUUGUAGGACACUAUAGGGAAGCAUUUUCUAUGAGGUGAUAUUUUGUUAGACUUGUGUGACAUUCUUGAUGUAGCAUCUGGUGGAUGUUGGAAGUUACUAGAGAAAACGUAUUAACUAUGUGAAAGUUUUAAGUUAAAAUCUACGCUUAUACAUCAGAUUUUGAAUUGAAGGGUUUCUAGCAAUUUAGGAAAUGUGGAAAACAUUUUCAUUUAGAAAUAGCAUUUUAUUUUUGUUAAGAUACACUUUGGCCCAUUGCCAGGUCUGUUCCCCUGUUUAAGGUAUUAGAUGUGACACUGGGUGUGGUGCAUAAACAAUGAAUUCUGGUACACUGAAAAGAAAUUAAAAAAAAAAAACAAAAAACAAAAGGUAUUAGAUGUGAAAACACACCACACUGGGACCAGCAGUUGUAAGCACAUCAGAGGUUUACUGCUCAGGCAUAUGCAGGAUGAGAGAAGAUUUUUAGCAAGAGGAUUCAUCAAAAGGACCUUCUGAUGUGCAGGUAAAAGAGAGAGAGAUUCUGGAUCUCGUGAUACACGUAGGAGGAGCUUGCUAGCAGGAUGUUUUAGUAAUUCUGGGGCAGACUGAUUUUGAGUGGCUCAUUCUGGAAGAGUGAAUCAAAGGGGAAAGGUGAGUUGCUGUGCAGGCAGCUUAGUGACUGUAGAAGUGCGUGUGGAGCAUAGGUGGUUUCUGCCCUGGCAGGUGUCAUCCUGUUGUGAGUGACUUAUGGUACCCAACUGGAUUUCUUCCUGUACUUAACACUUUUCAUAUGUGAUGUAACAGUUUCAACAAAGCGAAACAUUUAUAUGUGAAAGUACAUUCUUAAAUAUAGAGCUUUAAGAAAGCACAAGUAGAUAAUAUUCCUGGGUAGGUUAUAGGAGCUUGUAGCAGAUCAGUGUACUAACUGAGAACAACUAGAAAAAUUUCACAAAAAGCAUCUAUUUGAAUGCAGCCUAUUGCUGCAGAAGCAAAGAGGACUAGCAGUAAAAUUCAGGAGAGGAGUGAAUCGCAGAGAGCACAUGGGCAAAUGCAGCUGUUUCACCUGGGAGCAUUUGCCAAUUCUGGCCACACGGAGGAACCUGAGUACUGAGCGUGGCUCAGGUAAAGGCUGAAACUGUAGGAGGACGAAGACCAGAAGCCCGCGGUACUUUGGGCAGUCAAGGCUGGAGUGAAAAAUUCUUAAACAUUAGAGAUCAGACACAUAACCAGUUUUCCAAGAAAUUUUUAGAAGACUGACUCAGCACAGGGCAGGAGCCUGAAAAGUGAAGCUGAAAGUACAUUUUUUUUUUUUCAGUACUGAGAAAAUAUGAUUAGAAUUUGGGAAUUGCCUGUAGGAUGGGCCCUUACUGAGCAUAGCAUGUGAUCAGUAAAAGCAAGGUUAUACCAAAGGUAGAUUGUACCUUAUUGCAACUGCAAAUGAUACCUGGUAUUUAAAAAAAAAAAGAACAAAACAAAGAAAAAGCAAAACCUGCCCAGAAAGAAAACUCUCAGAACAGAUGGCCUCACUGCAGUUAUUCCAAAUAUUUAAGAAGGAGAGAAUACCAAGAUUUUAUGAACUUUUCCAGAGAAAGGAAGAUGGAACUUUACUAAUUCAUUCUGAGAGCUGAGUACAACCUUGAUACCAAAACCUGUAAUAGACAUUUCAGGAAAGUAAAUUACCAGUAUUUUAUGAAUUAAAGUGCAUAAUCCUAAAUUUUAAAAAAAUCCAGUCAUAUCCAUGGACCUAGUAAUGUUUAUUAGAGGAGUCAAGGAUUUCAUAUUUAAAACGAAAUCAGUUUGGGGGACACCUGGGUGGCUCAGUUGGUUAAGCAGCU